CGCGCACACCCCCGGGCAGAGAUGGGGCGAGCCGGACUGGGCUGAGCCGCCUUGGCAGCAGCAGCGCUCUCAGCCAGCGCCGCUGAGAAGUGGCGUUACAGGAGGGGCGGGGAAGGCAGCGAACGGCUCCGCUUCAGCUUCUGCACACAGACGUAUUUCAAAUCUUAACGGCUGCUGCUCGGCCAGUUUUUGAAUGAGGAAGCGGAGCAGGGCCUAGCGCUGCGCCCCCUUCUGACGGGGACCGAGGAGGGGCUCUUGCUUGUGCAGCGAAGGAGAACGCAGUUACUAAUCUUGUCCCGCCAUCAGAUCGGGAGGGGGGCAGCCUCAUAACCGUCUACAGCGGCCCUCCAGGCCGACCGCAAGCCCUACUCGCGCGGUGCAUGUGGGGGGCUGUAGUUUUCCAGCCCUCCCCGCCUUUGCUGACGCUGCAAUGAUAGAAACUACAGCUCCCAUGAGCCCCCUGCGGCGGGAGCUCGCAUGCGCAUUGCGGAGCAGAGCCGCAGGCUGGGUGCUGCUGUUGUUACAUAGGAAACAGCUGAAAAGUCCCCACAUGACAGUGGGGGAAGGAGGAAGCGGGGUGACCCAGGGAAUGGACGUGGCUUUUACAGAGUGAGGCGCUUGGCCGCUGCAGGGAGUCCCCCAGCAGCCUCGGGCCCCGACUCGAGUGGAGGGGGGCCGAGCGGGGAUCGCGCUGUGCCCCUUGAAGGAGCCCUUGUUUGCCCUUGGGGGAGGGGUUGUGCCCCCUGUUGCGGGGGUUCUGUCUGCCGGGAGCCAGAGGCACGGAGGUGACCCUCAAGGGGGGGCUCGUGCCCCUGCAGGGGACGCUGCCUCUCUCAGGAGCGGCUGCUGAUGGGGCAGAUUUAAAUCCCUCCCUUGCAGCCAAGCGCACAGACAGCGGGGAAGUUUGAUUCAGUCCGGGCGGCAGGGACGGAUCCUGCUCCUCUACCGGACAAAGGGGCGGCGCAGGCGGGUGAGGAGCCCGGGCGGGUCGGUGGCUUCUUCUGCUGGGAUCGGGACUCUGCUAGGGCAAUGAACGGGUUCGCCCCCGAAGAGGUGACCCAGAGAGGGGGGGAUGCUGUUGCCGCCACCGUCGUUGCUGCUGUUGUGGCCAAUGCAGCUGCCACCGUGGAGGUGCCGGCGCCGGGGUUAGGUCCCGGCGCUGCCGCAGGUGCCGCCGCCGCCAGUUCCGCAGGGCCCCCCGGUGGCGCUGGCCCUGGGGCUGGGCAGCUGUGCUGUCUGCGAGAGGAAGGUGAGAGGUGCAGCCGAGCCGCCGGUAACGCCAGCUUCAGCAAGAGGAUCCAGAAGAGCAUCUCGCAGAAGAAAGUGAAGAUCGAGCUGGACAAGAGCGCAAGACAUCUUUAUAUUUGUGACUUCCACAAAAACUUAAUUCAGAGUGUGCGAAACAGAAGAAAGAGAAAAGGCAGUGAUGAUGAUGGUGACUCACCAGUGCAAGACAUCGACACUCCAGAGGUUGACUUAUAUCAGUUGCAAGUAAACACACUUCGAAGAUACAAAAGACACUUCAAGUUACAGACCAGACCAGGACUUAACAAAGCACAGCUUGUUGAAAUAAUUGGUUGCCAUUUCAGGACUAUUCCAGUGAAUGAAAAGGAUACCUUAACAUAUUUCAUCUACUCAGUGAAGAAUGACAAGAACAAACCAGAUCUAAAGAUGGACAGUGGUGUUCACUAGGAUGGAAAAAAUGGGACUAAUACUCAAGUUGCAGAUCUAAAGACUGUUUUUGACAUGCAGAAGCUUUCUUUGUAACUUUUUUUUCAGAGAACUUGUCUCUGAUUUUAUUUUUCAUGGUCUUGCUGACUCACUGAAAAACAACUUCCUCUAAAAUGAAAUUUCCUCAGCAAAAGUAUUUUAAAUAAAUAUUAUUAAUACUGUU